AUACCCGAUACCAGAUACCCGAUACCAGAUACCCGAUACCCAAUUCUCGCCCGAUACUCGCCAAAGAUGUCGUACUUCUUCGCUACCCCGGUAGACAUAGAUAUCGUCCUCGAAGACAGCGAUGAGCGCCAAGUGGUGGACAUAAGAGAAAAGCAGCGCCGCGAGAAGGCGCCGCUGUAUAUGGAUGGCGAGUCUGUCAAGGGGCAAGUCACGGUGCGCCCUAAGGAUGGGAAGCGCUUAGAGCAUACCGGAAUUAAGGUCCAGUUCAUCGGCACGAUAGAAAUGUUCUUCGAUAGGGGCAACCACUACGAAUUCCUCUCCCUGAACCAGGAGCUCGCGGCGCCGGGCGAGCUGCAGCACCCGCAGACCUUCGACUUCAACUUCAAGAACGUCGAGAAGCAGUACGAGUCGUACAACGGCAUCAACGUGAAGCUGCGGUACUUCGUGCGCGUCACCGUCGCCCGCCGCAUGGCCGACGUCAUCCGCGAGAAGGACCUCUGGGUCUACAGCUACCGCAUCCCCCCCGAGAUGAACUCGAGCAUCAAGAUGGACGUCGGUAUCGAGGACUGCCUCCACAUCGAGUUCGAGUACUCCAAGUCAAAGUACCACCUCAAGGACGUCAUAGUCGGCCGCAUCUACUUCCUCCUCGUCCGCCUCAAGAUCAAGCAUAUGGAGCUCAGCAUCAUUCGGAGAGAGACCACGGGGGCCGCCCCGAACCAGUACAACGAGAGCGAGACCCUAGUGAGAUUUGAGAUAAUGGACGGCUCUCCCUCACGCGGCGAGACCAUCCCCAUCCGCCUCUUCCUCGGCGGCUUCGACCUGACCCCGACGUUCCGCGACGUGAACAAGAAGUUCUCGACGCGCUACUACCUGAGCCUGGUCCUGAUCGACGAGGACGCUAGGCGCUACUUCAAACAGUCCGAGAUCAUCCUCUUCCGCCAGCCCCCCGAGCUCGCCACCGGCGACCCCCAGGCCCUCGUCUCCGUCCCAGAGUCCACCCGCCAGAUGCCCUUGCCCGUACAAUAAUGACUGACUGAUGAUGAAAUGAUGAUGCGCGGCGCGGACGUACCGACCGGCCUGGAUAUGCUGUGUCCAUCUUAUUUUUUUAUAAUAAAUCUCAUGAAUUGCAAAUACCACUACCCCCCACACUCCUACCACUCUUACUCCUCCUAUCACUACUACCACCCUAUCGACCUAGACCACUGUACAUUUCUUCUUCUUCACCCGAGAUCGAGAUUCGAGCAUCGAAGCAUCGACGGCGCGGCGUUUCAAUGUGUUACGGUGUUCGUUUAGUUAAGCAUCAAUGUGACCUUAUUUUAUGUCAAGAGUUGUUUAAGUUUUGUUUUUACUAAGGCGUUAUUUCACGAAAGAGGGAAAGGGGUUGGGCCCAGGAUGGGG